CAUUCACUCAAUUCAAGAACCUCGUUGCCCCCGGAUAUGGUCCUUGAAUUGAGAGAUUACUGUAUACAUAUGGUGUACACCUGUGUUCACUCAGUUUUAAGAGAAAGUUGAGAACCUUUUCCAGCGUUAAACGGAGAUUCAACCUUUAGAAAAGGAAUACUAAUCGCAAUUUUCUUUCUUGGCUCGAAAGUUGCUUGAAACUCUACCUGCGCGUCCAGUUUUAAUGUUUUUUUACGGAAGGGUCACACUUUUCAACUUACCCGCUAAUUAAAAAAAUGGAACUUUAUCAAAUACGAACAAAUGUCGCAUAUAAAUGCUGUGUUAUGAACCAGCUUAUUGAAUGAUGAAAAUCAAAACUUGAAUUGUAAAAAUCGAAUAAUUAAAAGAUAAAAAUUCAAUUAUUCAAUUAUUCAAUUAAUAUUAUUCAAUUUUUAAAAUGAAGAUUGUCUUUAUCACAUUCAUGAUUCAUGUCCAUAUUUAAAAUUAUAUUUUAGAUUGUAAUAAAAAUAUAAAAUUUUUAUAGAAGAUUAUCAGUGAUGGUCUGGAAUGUGCUACAAAAUGGUGGAGGAGAGACCAGAGUGUACUGACAACACUACCAUUGGAAUCCACUGACAUUUGGCAUCAUCCAAUUCCGCUUGUGAGGUCUCUCUGCUACCACUUUGCAGCACAGUCCAGACCACCACUGAUUCCCAUAUCAUUCGACCUUGAGCCCGUCGCCAUUUUGGUGGUGCAAUCUGGCAUCUCCGGCUCUGGUCUAGUGUGGCGGUAUGAAUAGCGUCACUUGGAUUGGACUUAUAGCUGUAUCUGCAUCAGCGUUUUUGAAAGUGAUUUUCUAAGAGUUUUGGGAACUUACGUGAAUUCUACAUAUUCAUAGUAUUUGGACAAUUUAUUUAGUUUAGUUUAGUUCAGUUUAGUUCAGUGUAGUUUAGCUUAGUUUAAUUUAGGUGGUUAAAUUAAAAUAAAGUGCAUCAUGAGUGAGGAAUCAAGCAGUAUCUCUGAAAGCUCUUCUCCUCCAACAAAAAGACGGGCUUCCGAACAAACAUUUCGAGAUAAAUGGCUUGAAGACCCAACAUUCUCUGCAUGGCUGGCAAAAUCAGACAAUGUAUUACAUGCCUGGUGUCGAGCUUGCAAAAAGAAUUUGAAGGCAAAGAAGAGCAAUUUAGAUUUACACUCUACAUCACAGAUGCACAUAUUAAGCAUGCAGAGCUUAGGAGAAAUGGGCACGAAUGGAUCCACGAUAGGCGGUUUUGAAAGUCAAGUGAAAAGGGCAGAGAUACGGUACACCUUGGAUGUUGUGGACCAUAAUCUUAGUUUUUAUUCACGUGGACAUUUUAUUGGUAUGGCCAAAGAGGUGACACCAGACAAUGUUGUUUUACAACAUUGCACGUUAAAGCGAAGUAAAAUGGCAAUGAUAGUUAAAAAUGUUUUAAGUAAAUACAUUGUUGAAGAAACAAUGAGUAUUUUACGUAAUAAAUAUUUUUCUUUAUUAAUGGACGAGAGUACUGACAUUUCAUCCACCAAACAUGUUUGUUUAUUGGCACGAUAUGUGGAUGGACCUCAAAUAAAAACAUAUUUGUUAGACUACAUUCGUAUAAAUGAAGCAAAUGCUGAAAGUUUAUUUCAAUGUUUAAUGUACUGCUUGGAAAGAAAUAAUUUACCGAUAAAUAAUCUUGUAGGAUUCAGUUUGGAUAAUGCAAGUGUUGCAGUUGGAACCAAUAACUCUGUUGUAACACGUUUAUUGGCAAUUAACAAAGAGAUUUGUGUAAUCCCUUGCAUUCGCCACUUGUUUCAUUUAGUUACAAAGCAUGCUUAUUCUGUUUUGCCAGAAGAUGUCGGAGAUUUUUUAAGUGGCGUGUACUCGUACUUUAGUAAAAGUGAUAAAAGAAAACAGGCAUUAGAGGCUAAACAAAAAGCUCUAAAUAUGACAAAAUUGAUAAUACUGGAACCAUGUUUAACACGAUGGCUAACAUUAUAUAAAAGCAUAGAAAGAAUUCUAAGCCAGUGGCCAGCAUUAUGGGAAGUGUUUAGAGAUGCUAGUAAAGAAAAAAAAUCUUUGAAAGCACAAGCAUUAUAUAAUGUUUUUGAACAAGGAUACAUAAAAGCAUACUUAGAAUUUCUUAAAUUGCCAUUAGAGUUGUUUACAGAGUACAAUAUUGUAUUUCAAAAAUCAGAUAUAGCCAUACAUACACUACUAAGAGAGUGUACUAUAUUAACAAAACACAUAGCUCAAUUUUUUAUAAAGCCUCAAUGUAUUCAGGCAUCUAAUACAUUUGAAAUUAAUGUUGAUGAAGAGGAGAAUUUACUUCCAUUAGAAGAAAUAUAUAUUGGCGAAGAAGCCCUGGCAACAAUUAAUCAAUUGAAAGCGAAAGAAGAAAAUAAUGCAAUAAUUACAGAAUUCUAUGUGGAUGUGCAAAAUUUUUAUAGAACUGCGUAUAAAGAGCUAGGACAACGAAUACCCCAUAAUGAAUCAUUUUUAAAUUCUUUGAAUUUUUUGAAACCAAAAAUUGCAUUAGAAAUUGGACACAGCGUAGAACCAAUAUAUAAUAUAAUUGCUAAAUAUCCAACUAAAUUUGAUAAAAUAAGAAUUGCGAGAGAAUGGCGUCUCCUACCUACUAGCUUCACGAGUGACGAGAGACAAGAAAUAAUUUGUAUGGACAUAAAAAACUUUUGGCACAGAAUUAGCACUGAAAAAGGCCCCGAUGGAAUAACACAUUCCUUUAAGAAUAUUAGCAAACUUGCAGAGUUAUGCAUGACACUGCCUCAUUCCAAUGCGGACGUUGAAAGUCUUUUUUCACAUGUAACAAAUAUUAAAACUUUUCAUAGGAAUAAAUUACAACCCGGAACUGUAUGUGCAUUGGCAAGGGUGAAAUUAGAUUUACAAAACAAACAAAAAGAUUCUGAAACGUACCCCAUUCCAGAUGAAAUGAUAAAAUUGCACAACAGCAAAAUGUAUGAAAGAGAAAGUUUGCCAUCACAUUUAAAGGGUGUGUUAUUAUUAGAUAACGAUAGUGCCAGCGAAUCGAGUGAUAAUGAAAUUAUUGUACCUGACUUGGAAAUGUAGUUUUUGUAAAUUAUAUAUAUAUAUAUAUAUACUAGAUGUCCAAGGUUUUUUCAGCCAAACGGUAGCGUAUUCUAUCAGUGAAAAUAAGAAAAAAGUUAUAUAACAUAGGCUCAAAAAUGCUUUAUUAAAAAAUUAUAAGAAAAAUUCGAAAUAACAAUGGACUGAUUUUCGUUCAAUGUAAAAAUAUGUUAGUGGCAUUUCUCUUAUCCGCAUUUACUUAUCCAAGCUAUGUUUACUAAGCCGUUUAAAUUUUCAUAGAUGUCAGUGCUGUAUUUUCAAAAACAGGCGACACUUCGAAAUGUAGCAUAAUAAAUAUUCCCGACUAGUCCGUUAUUGUUUCGUAUCUCUCUUACACUUUUUUUAAUAAAGCAUUUCUCAGUCUGUGUGUUUAUUUGACAUUUUCUUCUUAUUUUCGCUCGCAGAUUAUGCUGAUACCGUUUGGUCGAAAAAACCUAGGAUACUCUGUAUAUUAUAUUUAUGUGUACCAUGUGGUGAUGUAUAUAGCUAUACGUGUAUAUUUAUAUAUGUAUUGUAUAUUUAUUGUUGGAUAGAAGGUAGAAAAUGAAGGGACAGAUUUCAUUUUUGUACAUGUAUGUAUAUAUGUUUUCAACUCUUGUACAGAAAAUAAUAUAAAUCUUGUAGGCAUAAAGAAUUGAAUUACGAAUAACGUGUUUUGAAAAGCACGAAAAAGAGAAAAUAUAUUUAUGUUGAUUAUAAAUUGAAAAUCAUGAGACGCGGCAGUAUCUCGCGUCAAGUAAUUGAGUGGCGCGCGACGCUAGCCUGCAUAUCUUUUCUUUGAACAAAAUGGUCAAAAAUUUUAGUAACGAUUUAUUCUUUUAAACGAUAUCGUAAUCAAUUUUAACAAUUGCCCAAUUAAGUGUCAUACCGAGAUAUUAAUUUCAUAUACAGGUAUAAAAUAUUUUUAUCGUCCAGUGGCGAUACUGCACUUUUGUGACUCUCAUAGUUUUAUAUUUUUGUAGUAUAUGUUUCAUAAAUACUAUUUCCACCAUUUAAAUAUUCGCGCCGCAUACGCUUAUUGCCUCCAUAUGAUAUUCGUACUUGUAGUAGAAAUGAAAUAUAUGGAAUAUUCGCUUCUUGCUAACGUGCCUAAAUUCGUGAACUAUCGGUAACGCUGAGCGUGGAGAUGAAAAUGAUAAGGAGCUUUUAGAGCUCCCCAAAGCUAAAACAGAAAAAUCCAUAAGAUGCGAUGUCUGUUUUGCAAACAAGACUGGCCACAGCAGAAGGCUGUGCUGGAGUAAAAAAUAGAUACGUUUGACAUGCGGCCAAUUUCUGAAAUAUCUGUAAAGAUAUGUAGAUCAUGUAUGUUAUACUGUAAUUCUUCAGCUUUGAUUUAGACAUUGCUUCGAACUUCGAAGAAGUUAUAGUCGAAUUGUUUUUCUCCGAAAUAUCGGUCGGAAUUUAUCGAUUUGUCAAAGUUGUUUCUCUACAAACCGGAAUAUAUUAUUAUAAGUGUGAA